UCCUGGGUAAGAUAGGUGGGAUCUCGGGUGGGAUAAGUGGGAUCUUGUUUCAUCUUGGAUUGUUUAAAAGUGAUCCCAGAAUGAGGUAAUAAAUACUGGCUGGAUCUAAGAAAAUAUAGAUCAGGUUCCCAGAUGAUGAAUGUACAAUUCUGGAUUUGACAAAGGAAAUGACAACCAGUUGAGAUAGGUAGGAUAAUUCCCUCAUAAAGUGUGAGAGUUGGAUCUGUGUUAGUCAAAAGAUGGAAUCCCAUGUUGCAAAGUUGUUUCAUACAUAGGUUUACAAUCUAACCAAUUUCUUCAUAUUUCAAAACUAUGAAAGAUUAUCAGGUAUCAGCAAAUACAUGUAUUUGUUUUAGACAAGGUGCAUAUAAAUACGAAUUACAUUAAUUACUCAUUUACAUGUAAGGUUGUACAAUGUCUGUGCCACUUUGCUGAUUCAAAGGAAAUUGUGUGAGACUCAUUUUUGGUCUGUAUGUUAAUUCCUUUCCACCAGAUUAGGAAAUCUGCUCACAUAAACAUCAUUCCUUCCAGACAUUUCUACUUUCAAACAAAUCUGCUUUAAAUCUGAGGAAAUUGACAUAUGUGUAGGUGAUCAAACAGAGGGAGUUAGAAAUCGAGGACCCAGCCAUCUUUUAAAUUGUCAUCAUAUGCCAGUAAUGAUAUCUGAAUUUCCCCUACAAGGAGACCAUAAUUUAUUUGAUUAAAUGCAGACCAAGAAUUGAGUGUCCAAACCACCAAACUUUUAAACAAUUAAUUGUGCAAAACUACUAAGAUCUCUAUGGAAAAUAGCAUAUAUUGAUUGAGUGACAUGUAAUAUUUUGCAAAAGGGAUCUUCUCAGCCAUGUCUUUUAAAAAUCCUCUUUAUUGUGGUAUUUAACCUUGUGUCCUUCAACAAGAACAAAAUUAAUACUGAUUUAUACAAAUGUAGGGUCCAGAAAAAAUUCACACAACCAAUUUUCUAUCUGUACAUCAAUUUACUUGCUUUGCAAAUCUAACAUGAAAACAGCUCAACCUUUUAAUAAACAAGUGGGUCAUUGUUUUCUUCAAAAGUGUUCAGCUUACUUGGAUCAGCUGUCCCGCCAUUAUCGAUCGUCAAUUGAUCCUAUAUCUGGAAUUAUUUCAUUACUGUUCGGUUCUUCUACGUUUUCAUAAAUGUGUGAAGGAAUUUCUUCAUAAUUUCAUACUUCAACGCAAUCCACAAAUUAGCCUGACUCAAAAACUGUGUCCUGCAGUGUGAAUCCUGACCAUCCAUUUUCAGCUGCUGAAGAAUUCGAAACCAGCGAUCUGUUCGAACCAUCGAUGUGAUCUUCAAAACACAGUGGAGUUAAUAGAGGGGUUGGUCUGAAAUUAUUACAGCUUGGAGCUUCGAUUAAAGCAUUCCUCACAAGACAACUCAAGCUUUGGUGGCAAAGGAUUUGCAACGCAAUGAAAAGGUGUUGAAAUGCUUGCGUUUCUUUAAAUCAAUCCAUUUGGCCGCCAUCUUGCUUUACACUGUAGAUGGACGAGGGGGAAUGGAACCAAAAGUAUAAAACGUGUUUGAUUGGUUAUGCUGGAAUUUCACAGCUUUUUCGGUAAACUUUGUUCUUUGGUGGCACUUUUGUUUUCUUUUCGCGGUGUGAAAAAAAUUUCAGUUAUUCAAAUGCUUGCACGUGGCGUCGUUUUAGCAUGCUGCAGACUUAUAGUUUGGCUUACCGAUAAAGAUCAGCUCUGCAAAAUGUCAAAAAGGAAUCAACGAAUAACCAAAGCAUCAACAUGUUGUCAAGAGGUAAUGGUGAGUGACACCCAUUUUUUUAGUGGUGAAACUUAAAACUUUUUUUGUUUAUUUCAUUUAUAGUUGUGAAUGAUCCUAUCGAAACUAUGAAAUAAUUGUUUGUAGCAGGACUUACUUCAAAUGGAUAAGCUUAGUUGCUUAUACCUGGUUUCCCUAAGUAUAGACUUUCACCUUGUGAAAUUUGCUGAGGAUGGAAUAAAGUGCCUGUUCAGUUGAGGUAAAUUUGAGAUUGCCGGUGAUGAUGUUGAGGCAGCCUCCUUGUGUGACACGUUCUCGGAGGAUGCAAAUAGCAAAGGGCUGGUUCCCAGGGAUAAUUCUCACUUUUCGUGGUUUUGUUCUGGAUGAGAAAAGUUAUAGAAAGCAGCCUGCCACAGUUGUAAAGAAAACCUUGCAAGGUUGUUUCAGGGGACUUGUAGCCUGCAUUGCAGUAUUUUUGUUGUUUGGGGACACUCAGAUAAGAGAUGGACCGUUCAAACGACCUCACCCAGCUUUGUGGCGUAUCAUUCUUUGCCUAAGUGUUGUUUAUGAAUUGGUUCUAAUUUUUCUUUUAUUCCAGACAACUCAUGAUGCCAGGCAGUUGCUAAAGUAUCUUGAGGAAGAUUUAGGGAAACCAUUGCCAGAGCAAUCUUAUGGAGAAGACUGUAGGUUAUACACACCAGGACACCCCAAGGGAUCAUUCCAUACCUUUCUUGAGAAAUGUGAUGUCUUUAUACCAGCUCAUUUUUUCGGAUGGUGGGCAAAGGCACUCAUCCUUCGUGACUACUGGCUAUUGACUGUCACUAGUGUUCUUUUUGAAGUCUUGGAAUAUUCCUUAGAGCAUCAGUUACCAAACUUCAGUGAAUGCUGGUGGGAUCAUUGGAUCAUGGAUGUUCUCAUUUGUAAUGGUUUUGGGGCGUAUCUUGGCAUGAAGACUUGUGAUUAUCUUGGAAAUAAGCCAUAUCACUGGAGAGGUUUAUGGAACAUUCCCACCUACAGUGGCAAGUUCAAAAGAGUUGCUGCUCAAUUCACUCCUUAUUCGUGGACGUCUUAUGACUGGAAAGCGACCACAAGUCUAACUAGAUGGCUGGCAGUCUGUGGAAUUGCUGCUAUGUUCCUCCUGGCCGAGUUAAACCUGUUUUACAUGAAGUUUAUUUUGUGGAUUCCUCCACCUCAUUUCAUCAUGCAAGUUCGUAUGGCGCUGUACCUUGGGAUGGGAGCUGUGGCACUGAAUGAAACAUUUAGAUACAUGGACGACCCUACCUGCAAGCGGUUUGGACAACAGGCCUGGGUUGUCGCCGCCAUUGUCUCAACAGAAGUGCUAAUCUGCGUUAAAUUCGGUUGGGAAACCAUCAGCAUACCCUUUCCUGCUCACGUGACAGCAUUCUGGAUUCUUUUCUUCGGCUCUUGGACUGCGUGGACGGUAUGGCAAUUUUGGCCUUCGAUUAUCGGCGGCUUCCGGGUCAAUCACGAUAAAGGAAGCGAUAGUGCUAUUAGUCAUGCAGAGCACAGACCCAAACAUGAAUGAAUUUUGAUAUAAUUUUUAAGAAUGAUUCAAUAAUGAUUAAGAUUUUCAAGCUGAAAGAAAUGAAUGAAAUUCUCUUUCGAUUUUUGUUCUGAUUAGUACCAAAACAAUUUCGUCAAUUUCUUACAAUCGUUGUAACUUUACUUGUGAAGUGUUGGGAAUGAUUUUCAAACGGUUGGGUUCAAGUUUGUCAGUAUCGUCAUCACCAAAAUCAUGUCCCUUUAAGAUCUACGGUUUUCACCUCGGUCAAGUUUCUUUUUGUUUUGUCAGGAGAAAAAUGAUUUUAAUAUUGUGUGGAAGAACAACACAAGUAUUGCUGUGGCUUCGUAUUAAAUCUAAACGAUCCCAAAGAGAAAAUGUUCUAGUUUGCCGUAUUUAAUUAAUGGCUAAUGGUUUGUUAAUGAAUAAUAUAUUACGGUGUGAAAAUACCAAAAUGGCUCUUAAAAACCAAGGAAGAACAAGGCUUGGCGAAAGGGUUUGUGUAUUGCGUAUUUGAAAACAAUUUGGGAGAAGAGUGAGGUGAUAUUUAUGUUCCGUAGCAAAGGGCCAAACUUAAAUUAUAUUUCAAAGUCUGUUACCUGAAAACAAGAAGAGGAAAUUCUAGUUUCUUAUUAUCAAGACAGGGGCCCGUCAAUAUUUUUACAUCUCCUAUGAAAUAUGAACUUUUAAAUAAAUAAAAAUAAAUUCAUUACUAUCAAGAACCUUAGUAAAUGUAGUUGUAAUGCGUGGUUAGUGCAAAAUCAAAAAAAUUAUAUUAGAUUAGAAAAAUUAAGCGCAAGGCAUUGGCAUUUUUUCGCGAGUCUCUGCUGAGCAUUUUAAUCCGGGUUUUUAUCAAUGAGUUGUCAAAUAUUGCACCAUUUUCAUGAAGAAACGAGAUGCCCGUUUCAGUAAAACGUACGAUCGUGUUUAGCGAUUGUCAAUUUCGGCUUUUGGUUGAAGUGUCUGGAGACCCUUACCUGAUGUAGACAUGAACACUAGAUAUUAAAGGUAAGUUUAUGGUGGAGAAGUAUGUUGAUAAAUUAAUAUCUAGGAAUAAACAAGGGUGUAGUGUUGAUCAAGUAGUACACGCACUAAUAAACUGAAAAUAACGGA